UGUUUUGCUCCUUGCAUCGAAUCAAUAUAAAUCCCGGCGCUUGACACAUCUUGAAACUUGAAAUUAUCUGGGUUAAAAUUAAAUUAAGUAAGACUAAGCAUUUGCUAGUUGCAGUUAUUUACAGGCCGCCAACUAACGCCGUGACAAUCAAGGUUCCACCUGGGCGCGCUUGAUCCAAGUAAUUAUUAUUAAUACUAACAAUGUCCAUCUUUUCUAAGGUUUUAGGCUUGUUUGUUUAGUAGGACCUCGACGUCCCGAUUAGGCCUAAACAUAAAUGACCUGCAUAUACGAUGUUUCUGUAGACGCACUGCGAAAUACGAAUAAACCGCGUCAAGAUUUAAAAUCCGCCUUGGUUAUUUGUAGAAAUGCAAAUGAGGCGACACAAUUUCCUCCACCUAUUCAAUGCCACAUCCUUUUAUUACGAAAUGGGUACGGUACCUAUAUAAAGAUGAAGACUUGACAGUUGUAACAUACCAAUUGUAAAUUAAUAAGAAGACAGUAUUAUAGGUCAUUAAAUUUGAAUAACGUCGAAUAAUCGGAUUACUGUAAUAAAAUGGGUUUCAUUAUUUCAAAGUUAGGAAAUAUGUUAUUGAAUUCGUUACUGUAACUUGGAACGACGUGGAGGAAACGAAUGCGUAAACAAUUACCAUUACCAUUUUACCAUUUUGUUAUAAUUGUAUUUAUAAUAAUCAUAUUCACAUUCUAAAUUCUUGAUAAAUUUCAUAUUAGGCCCUAUUGACAUAUUACAGUGUACCUAGACAACUAAAGCCUUCCGUGAAAAUAUAACGGUUCACCUGGCGGUUGAUCAAAGGAAUCUUCUUCAAUACAAAUAUCACCUAUCUUGUCUUAAAUUUUAGGCUGUUAUUUAUUUAGGGCUUUGACGUUUGAUUAUCCCUAAAUAUAAAUGACCUGCAUGUUGAGGAUACUUUUGUAGACGCACUGCGAAACACGACUUCUAACCGCGUCAGAUUUAAAAUCCACCUAGGUUAUUUAUAGAUAUGCAAAUGAGGCGACAUAGUUUUCUCCACGUAUUCAAUAUCACAUCAUAUUACACAACUGGGUACCUAUAUAAACGUGAAGACUUGACAGUUGUGACAUACCAAUCGUAAAUUCCAGAAGACGAUAUUGGACAAAUUUGAAUAACGUCGAAUAAUCGAAUUUAUUGUAUCAGAAUGGGUUUGAUUAUUUCCAAGUUAGGAGAUAUGUUAUUGAAUUCGUUUAAGGACGGUCCUUGUCGCAUUCUUAUGCUUGGUUUAGAUGCAGCAGGUAAAACAACAAUAUUAUACAAACUGAAACUAAAUGAAACUGUUACAACGAUUCCCACGAUUGGUUUCAACGUAGAGGAGGUGUCCCCAAACAGGAAUGUGACAUUUACAGUAUGGGACGUUGGUGGCCAGAACAAGAUUCGUUGCCUUUGGAGACACUAUUACCAGGGCACAGAAGGUCUGAUUUUCGUUGUGGAUAGUGCUGACAGCACCCGGUUCGAGGAGGCUAAAGAAGAACUGUUCGGCAUUCUCGAAAGCCAAGAAAUGACGAGAGGUGUGCCAGUCUGCGUCAUCGCAAACAAGCAGGAUUUACCUGGUGCGCUCUCGCCAUCGAGAUUGGGAGAUGCUCUUUCCCUCAACAAAUUGCACGGAAACCCAUGGCACAUACAAGCAGCUCAGGCAACGACUGGUGAGGGGCUCUACGAAGCUGUGGAUGAACUGGCAAGAAUGAUCAAGAAAAAUAAAACAAAGCGUUGAUUGUCUAAACUAUUUUUAUAAAAAGAAUCGUAAUCUGGUUAAAUCAACCAAGUUAUUGAGAUCGUUUAAAGACACUGGAUCUGUAUAUUUUACCAUUUCUCUAUUCUUUGAAUAUACUGUACUUUUAAAUUUCUACAAGAAUGUUUAAUUGUUUUCGUAGUAAGACGCCUGUAGAUCGUUGGAAUUAAUUUGUUAUUUGAUCUGUGAGUUGUUGAAAGCUGAUAAAUUGUUCAGUAAUAAACCCUCGCAUAAUGUAAAGAUAAAUAUUUUAAUAGAUUAUAUUAAUAUGCAACGUUAUAUAGAUUUAUAUUGUUUUUGUACAUUUUGUAUAUAUUGAU